CCACUUCAGACCUCGCUGCCCACCAAGCGACUGUGUCUGCCCCCUCGUAGCUGCCUAUCGCCGCCCCUCGACAGCCUUUGGUCGCGUCAAAGGCUCCCAUCUCACUACGGCCUCGGCCCUGAUCCUGCUCAACCUUCAAGUUGUAUCUGCCCGACCAGCGCCACACGUUUUCAACAACAUCCCCCCUCCCCGUCUUGUCGCCGUCUAAGAAGGAGCUUGAGCGUCUUUUCUUUUUGUCUCCUACCCAGACCCUCGACCAGCCUCAACUUCAGCUGCCGCAUAGGACGCCAUCAGCGGUUCUUCCUCUUGCUGAGGAAGCGGCCAGACCUCGCCCAACACCAAGCCUCGGCUUCGCACCCUUCAAGCCACCCUAACGCGGGAUUUCCAUCCAGCCAGUAACCUAUACCAAAGCCAUUACCCAACUUUCAGAAGCUACCAUCAAGGGCAUGGCACCUUCUGCUGUUACACCUACUCAAGAGUACCAAUUCCCGUUGAAAGACUUAACGUCGUUCAACACCUAUCCAUCUGGUAGUGUCGACAGUCAUGGCGCCUGGAAAUCCAAGCAGUUGAUUGGGGAGGCUCUCAAGAGCCGUGUCGAGGCUAUUGAUCCUGAUACCUGCAGUGUUGGCGAGGAAGAUGCCUUCUUCGUCGCCGACCUGGGCGAGGUCUACCGCCAGCAUAUGCGCUGGAAGAAGAACCUAAGCCGUGUGAAGCCGCACUAUGCUGUCAAGUGCAACCCCGACCCCCAAGUCCUUCGUCUCAUGACGGAGCUGGGUCUCGGCUUCGACUGUGCUUCGAAGAAUGAAAUCGAGACUGUUCUCAAGCUGGGCGUUGACCCUUCUCGCAUCAUCUAUGCGCAGCCCUGCAAGACCAAGUCUUAUUUGCGUUAUGCUGCUCAGUCUGGCGUCAAGCAAAUGACCUUUGACAAUGCCGAUGAGCUCUACAAGACCAAGCAGCUCUUCCCGGACGCCGAGCUUUAUCUGCGCAUCUUGACUGAUGACUCAGCUAGCCUGUGUCGUCUCAGUCAGAAGUUUGGUGCUGCUCUGGACACCACUGGUGAGCUUCUGGAGCUGGCCAGGAAGUUGGAGCUCAACGUUGUUGGAGUGGCCUUCCACGUCGGAUCCGGCGCAUCCGACCCCAAGGCUUUUGUCAAGGCUGUCCAGGAUGCCCGGUUUGUCUUUGAGCAGGCGGAUGCGCUUGGCUUCAACAUGCAUACCCUCGACGUCGGCGGCGGUUUCACAGGCGAUGUCACUUUCGAGCCCAUGGCCGCAGUCUUGUCCGCAGCUUUGGACCAGUACUUUCCGCCCCACAUCCGCGUCAUUGGAGAGCCGGGACGCUACUACGUCUCCACUGCCUUCACCAUUGCAUGCCACGUCAUUGCUCGUCGCACUGUCACCGAUGCCACCCUGGGCACUACUUCGUACAUGCUGUACCUGAACGAUGGUGUCUACGGAAACUUCUCAAGCAUCAUCUUCGAUCACCAGCACCCUGUGCCGCGUGUCUUGAAGAACGGCAACAACGUUUUGUACGAUGUGCGUCGCUCAGGAUAUGACAGUCCUUCUCAGGUUGAGUACUCCAUCUGGGGUCCAACCUGCGAUGGCAUUGACGUCAUUUCCUCUUCUUGCAACUUCGCCGAGUUGCUUGAUGUUGGCGACUGGCUCUACUUUGAGGAGAUGGGCGCGUACACCAAGUGCUCUGCUACCCGCUUCAAUGGUUUCAGCGACAGCCACGAAGUCGUUUACGUGUGUAGCGAGCCUGGCGCUGCUGCUCUCAUGGGCAUGUAAACGUUGGUGAGGAAGGGUGAUCAGGAAGGAUGUAAAGCAGUUUUGUACACAGGUUGAGUGUUGAGAAAUGAUAGUGGGAAGUGUCUUUUUAAAAAGUUUGAUAGAUCUCUUUAUUUACUAUGUUUGCUUUUGAA